AUGAAGAAACUCUUCUCGCGCCUCAAAAGGAAGAAUGCCAAGCCAAGCAGCAAUGGCGAGCAUACAGGACCUCCUCGUCCUUCUCCACCACCACUCCAGAUCACGACUGCACCCCAGCUCUCGACGGUCAUACAGGACCUGGUUCACACUUCACUCGGAGGUGAUGCAAGUUCUCUCGCACCAGGAGUCUGCGACGUCUGCUACAACUUGGAUCCGGCCAACGACCCGUAUUGCGAAGUUGGCAUGGCCGACCUUUGCCUGCCAGAGAACCGAGACUCGUUGCGCUCGUCCACUGUGUCAAUUCACGUGCACAAGAUCAACUCUUCAUCGCAGACAUGUGCCUACUGCAAGUAUAUCAUGAGAGCCAUCUCGACCUUUGUGCCCGAGAGUACAGCUCCCGAAGAGUAUGCCACCCUGUACAUCAUGGAGAACAUGCCAAUGACAAUCCAAGUCUUUGAGAACCAGGUCGCGCAGCAAGAGGAUUAUGAGCCCCAAGCCAGUAUCGAGCUGUUCUUACAGGCUGUAGGCCCGUCCGCAAAGGGCACAACAAGGGCUUCAGCUAUGAAUGCAGCAGCGUUUCCCAGAUCCUCGAUCUCAGAGGAACGAACAGGCGCAUUGGGCUACGCGAAAGACAGGCCUUCGUCGACUGCGGACGACCAGAUUUUCCAUUUCUUGGAUCAAUGCAUUACCCGCUGCACGAACGGGCACGAGAGCUGCAAGUCACGUGCGGAGCAUCUGCCAGACAGAGUUCUGCAGAUACGUGGAGAUAGCAUUGCUCUUGUUGAGACUGAGGGCCAGACUGGCGACUACCUCGCAUUAAGCUACUGCUGGGGCGGUGACCAAGAUCUAAAGCUGACCAAAACUCGCCGCGCCGAACUGCUACAAGGAGUUUCUCUCUCAUCCCUUCCUAUCAUGUUCCAAGAUGUUGUUGCUAUCGCCAAAAGACUAAGCCUGCACAGAAUCUGGAUCGAUGCUCUUUGCAUUGUGCAAGACGAUCACCAGGACUGGGAAGUUCAAGCGACGAAGAUGGGCGAGUACUACAACAACGCUACGUUGGUGCUAGCUGCAGCAUCAGUCAAGUCGCCGCAGGAACAAUUGUUGCGACCUCGACCCGAGUACUAUGAUUCUGUCACUCUUGAUCAGUUUGACCACCAUCGUCGUACCACAAUCUGCGCUCGAAGAGAUCCGUGGGUCUUCAAGGGGAAAGGCGGCAAUUGGAACUCUCCCCUUCUCAACAGAGCAUGGGCUUACCAAGAGCGCCUGCUUGCCCGCCGCAUUGUCACUUUCGGCGAGGGUGCCGUUAAAUUCGAAUGCCGGAAGCACACCAUGGUUGAAGGACAACUUGCGGGUGUCGAAGGUCUUCCACAGCUAGGCUUUAUGGCACCACAUCCCGAUGACCCUGAGAUGUGGUCUCUUUUCGAGGACUGGCAGCAGAUCGUGGGCGGCUAUUCAGGCCUCAAAGCAACCUUCGAGACUGAUAAACUGAUAGCUUUUGCCGGUAUCGCAAGUGAGUUUGCUCGUGCCACGGGCUGGAUACCACGCUUUGGUCUGUGGGAGCAACACCUGCUCAAGCAGAUGACUUGGAAAGUACCAGAGGGUGACUUGUCCCCGCGGCCUACGCAAGCUGUUGCUCCUACAUGGAGCUGGGCCAGCGUCAACACUCAAAUGGACAUGUUCAGUAGCAUGUUCUCGUCCACUUCAACCAGCUUCAAAGUGCUGUGGGAUUGUGUUGUCGCGCCUGCCAGCACUUCUGCAAAACCAGAAGUGCUCACGAUACAUGGUUUACUAGCGCCCUGUGCGCUCAUUUGUCGAGAGCCAUACAAGACUAAUGGGCACAGCCACCGCCUGCAGUGCGAAGGCUAUCAAUGGGACACUUACAUGUGGCCCGAUGCAGCGCUGACAACAGCCAAGGCGGCUUUACCAGGCUACGACAUGGAUGCCACAGUCCGCGCCACUGCUGAAGAGAUGCGUGCAGGUCUCCAGCCAUUCGUAGGAGUCUGCUACUGUCUUCUCCUCGCCAAAACCGACGCCGACAACCCCACUUGCAUCGCACUUGUGCUAGGACGAUCUCGUGAGCACGACGGUAUGUUCGAACGAAUUGGACUGACCGCUGAUACGAAUCUUCGCUUCUUCAGCGAUUGCAUAAAAGCCAAGAGAGUCACUGUGGAGAUUGUGUAGUACUGUAGGCACCGAGUAUGGCAUGUUUUCGGCGAAUUCACUUUUGCACUUACGAAGCUGACGCA